AUGCGCUACCGCCCUUACCAAAAACCAUGUCCGCAGGCAUCAGCACCAUCGUUAGCACAAAUUCAUCCGGAGGUCUGCGAGCAUCUCCAUCCGGAUCUCAUGGGUCCGCAAACCUAUGCCUACCACAAUCAGAUUCACCCAAAUGGCUCCGGCUCGGCAUCACUUUCCGGCAUGCCCCCUCAAGCUUCGACCCCUGUUUACCCGGAUUUGGUCCACCCAAAGUUCCACGAACGCUCUCUGGUGCCCACGGGAUGGAAUGUGGAAGAUUCUCAAACCUCCCGAUCGGAUUUCGAAGAAUUACCUACUGAUGUCGUCCCACUCCCACCUCCGCCACCAGCGCAGGCCGCCGUGGUUGACGUCCCAUCUUGUUCUGUCCUGCCAAUGACUCCACGUAUGUUUGACUGCCACAUCACUGUUGUGGUUUACUGCUCGAAGAAGAAUAAGCAAAAGCAAGACGUUUGGAAGUCGAUAAGAACACCCAAAGAUUGUUGGAUCACGUUUGACUGCAGAUCAAUUGACUACGAAUCCUUCCAUCAAUUGGUCGCUGACGAGUGCUCAAAGACUUACACCAAAAUGCCGAAGUUGGCCGAAUUUGCUGCGUGGAUCCAAGCAAUCACGGUUUUCAGCGUCAAAAACGGUGGGAUUGUUGCCAAGAUGAGCAACCCCGGCGACAAGAUCGUUCAGGCAGCAAAUGAGGAUUUGCUUUCAGAGACGGUCCGGCGGAGUGAGGCUCGGGAAGCCACUUUGGCGGCGCAAUUGCAGGGAAGUUCCUCGGGUUUGGCUCCUUUGGGGUUGAUGGGCGCGGACGAUUCUGAUGGAGAUUCAUGCGAUGAAGAAUUUCAGGCACGGGCAAUUAUCAAAGAAGAUAUAUUCAACAGAUACAAAAGGAACACCAGUGUUGACGCCGUCCACCCAAUCUACCCCGAUCCGACCGACUUUAACAGAUACAUCAUUCUCACUCCGGGGAACGUGGCUUUAUGGGCCAAAGCCAUCCAUCAAAAGCAUCCAGGUGUUAGUGUUGUAUCUCCACCGACCACGCUCAAGUUUUACAAUUGCAAGACCAAGAAAUCUGCGCCGCUGGGCGGCUCCCCGAGUGUGCCCGCCCCGCAGAUAAAUACAUCCGAGAUUGUGGCAACGGUGAUUGCGGCCUACCAAGCGACCAUGGCAAGCCAAGGAACGACAGGAACGACUCGCGGGCCGUCCCCGCCAUCUGACGUGGCGGACCCACCCGCGGCUGAAAACCCGGGGGUGUUGGCGGAUUACUUGAGGUUUGCGGGGGUCACCAAUACCGAAGAGACAUUGCGAAUCUUGGAGCGCAAAGAUAUUGACAGCUACAAGAUGUUUGCCAAUGGCUACAUGCCCGAGGCCGAUUUGAAGGACCUGGGAUUAACCAAGGGGACACUGGCAAAGCUCCGCAACAAUGUUCGACAACAUCAACGCAGCCUUGUGCGAGAGACGGAAUAG